GGGAAAGGUGGUUUGAGCAUCGAAAUCCCGUCGGAGGCGAGCAGAACAAUCACGCUGGUGAGAGUUUUAGGGGCACUGAGGACACGUUGGACUUUUGCUUUUCUCUCACAAUCGACACACAUCAAGGAGAAGGAGGAUAAAGACGGGCGGCAAAUUCCUCUGGGAUUCGUUUUAAGAGAGUGUGGCAUCAGUAAUUGAACCAAAUGACUCACUUCAAACUAAGAAAACUUGUUUUCAAGGAAGACUGGCCCAUUUAAUCUCAUGGAAGCUGCUGUAUUCAUUUUCACUCCAAGUUUUCUCGCACAGUUCAGCAGCCUAUGAAAAGAAAUAAUGCGACUUACGCGCAGUUGAUGCCUUCGAGAGGCCACCCCUAUCCUCAUAUGCCAGUCUGUCUGACAUUAGAACCCAUAUUAUUGCCAGGCUCCGACUGCAGACCAAGAGAAGAGGAAGACUCCGAUGGAAAAUCAUGCAGCACUUUGAACCCAUGGAGACAUGGCACAUAGGUUCCUCUCAUCUACGAACAGAUUCCGCGCCAGAUUCGCUUUCAUAUUCACAGUGUCACUGUCCUGCACCUAUUUAUGCUACAGUAUUCUUUUUUGUCGCAGCACAAUCAUGACAAACCAGGGUUAUGAAGGGAAAAGAUGCCCGCCAAGCAAGAACGCAGGAGGGAAGAAACUUCUUGUAAAAUUAGACAAUUGCGCUUCGCUGGAAGUCAGGUCCGUUCUGGAUGAGUCUGCUGCCCAGCGAGGAUCAAAUGAUCUCCGCGACCAAAGUAAAGCCCCUGCCUCGUCUGGAAGUCACUGGGCUGACAUAAAGUUGAGAAACAUGAGUGUUGCGCAAAAAUAUGGGAAUAAGAAGCUGCCUAAUGCGUUAAUAGUCGGUGUAAAGAAAGGAGGCACCAGGGCGGUGCUGGAGUUCAUCCGGAUACAUCCAGAUGUGCGCGCACUCGGAACAGAGCCGCACUUUUUCGACAGAAACUAUGACAGAGGGCUUGACUGGUACAGGGGACUAAUGCCACGAACACUAGACAGCCAGAUCACAUUAGAGAAGACUCCCAGCUACUUUGUCACCAGAGAGGCACCCAGACGCAUCGCCAGCAUGUACCAUGGAACCAAGCUGAUUGUUGUGGUGCGUAACCCAGUCACAAGAGCAAUCUCAGACUACACACAGACUCUUUCCAAGAAGCCCGACAUCCCUACGUUUGAAGAGCUGGCCUUUAAGAACAGAAGUCUGGGUCUCGUUGACUCUUCUUGGAAUGCCAUUCGGAUUGGGAUGUAUAUUCUGCACCUGGAGAACUGGCUGCAGUACUUUCGUCUGUCGCAGAUGCACUUUGUGAGCGGGGAGCGGCUGAUCACGGAUCCGGCAGGGGAAAUGGGCCGUGUUCAGGACUUUUUAGGACUGAAACGAAUAAUCACGGACAAGCACUUCUACUUCAAUCGAACCAAAGGCUUCCCUUGUCUGAAGAAGCCGGAGAGCAGCAGCCAGCCACGCUGCCUCGGCAAAUCCAAGGGCAGGACUCACGUACAGAUCGACCAGGAGGUCAUAGAUCAGCUGCAGGAGUUUUAUAGACCAUUUAAUAUCAAAUUCUAUGAAACUGUGGGACAAGACUUCAAGUGGGAUUGAGAGUGCCAGACAGAAACAGUAUUGUUUUUAAAAUGGCUACCUCUGGAGACAUGUUGACAUAUAAAUGAGGGUAUCUUCAACAAAAUGUUUAAAUGACAAGUUUAUUGAGCUAUGUAUAAAUUGACAAAAUGAAUACAGAAUAAUAUACAACUCAGACAUUAAAAUAUAAUCAUUACAUCAUGCUGCCUUUUGGGUUAGGUCACAACAAGUGCCAUUUCUUUAAAAAACAUAUAUACAAAAGCAAGUUUCUUUACCACAUACAUGACAUAUGAAUUCAUCAACAGGCAACCAGCAUUAAUUGAUUAACCAAGUCAUUAGCAAGCAAUCAUCACAAUGCCUUCUUGUCAUUUAGCCACACUAGACCUACAUUAAUGACAUUGCUUGAAUAUUCAUUGUCUAGAUUGCUUAUUUAUUCAUAAUUUCUGCACAGAAUGAACCACCGGCUUUGCUGUUAAAAUGAGCUCUCAACAUGAAGUUCCAGCAAAAUGUCAAAUGAAUAAUCAAAUCAGCCUGUCAAUUAUUCUGCAAUGAAACUUAUGAAACUUAUACAGUGACACAUUUAUGAAUAAAUGUACUGUAACUGAGAAGAAAAAAUAACAGCUAUAUUAAGACAGAUGCUAUAACACUGAUAAAGGUUUAUCGUUUGUUGAACUCUACUUCAGCUUUCUGUAUCUGUAUUUUUGUUGCGAUCAUCAAAUUAAAAGGCAAAAGUCUUGAAUUCAAGUAUUUAUUUGAGAUAUUUUCAGUUUUUCUUGCCUACACGUAAAGUAAGCAGUAGUGUUUUCUUCUUAUGGUGUCAAGUUAUAGUAUACAAUCAUAUAUAUUCCCUGAAUUUGUGGUAAAGUCUUGUCCUCCUAAUAUUGAUCAGUAUCUGAUGCAACAUAACAAGUGCAGCACACUAACUUUGGGGUUUCCAUUACAAACACUCUAAUCAAACCUGAUGCCAGUCUCUGUGACAGGCAGUUGAUUCAUAACCUGAUGAGUCAUACUGUAUUGAGCCUGUUGAAAGAUAAAACGUUCCUUACUAAAUGCUGCCAUGCAUGUCAUUGAUCUCAUUAACUUUCAAGAUUCCUCUUUUGAUGGAUGUGAUCGUGCUCUCUCUGAAUGGGUCUCCAUGCUAAGCAGCUAGAUUAACCUCCUGAAUUUGCACCCUGAAGCCAAUUGAGUUGUCAUUAAUAAUUUCCACUGAAGCCUCCAUAAAAAACACAAAAGAGGAAGAAAAGUGCAGAAAACCAAGGAAUCCAUGAAAAAGUAAUAAUAAUAAUACAAUAAAACUACAAAUUUAUGAUGUGCAAAUUUAUGCUGGAUAUACAGUAUCUGUGUUCUGUUAAAUAUGGCAGCAAAUGCACAGUGCAUGCAAUGCAUUUUUAUAGUACGGAUUACAGAUGUCAGAUUAGUACAGGAUUAAGAACACAGACAAUUUAUGCAAUUAUAAUUUGUGUCCCGUAUGAAUACAGCUUUAGAUUUGACUUUCAUUUUGAAUUGACAACAAUAUGACCUUCCAACAUUGCUGAAACCGCAUGUGCUGGCAUGUUGUUUCCAGGUUUAACAUUCAAUUAUCAAGCCUAAUUAGUCUGAGAUGUCCACAUUCUCCUUAUAUCAGUCCCUUGAACUGUUUUGGUGGUACUGAUUGUUUUUUGCCUAUUGCAACUGCAAUAUUUAUUUGCAGUUGGAAACACAGCAGCAGGAAAAUGUGAGGUUUUUCACUUUUUCUAUUCUUGUUCAAAAGUUUCACAGUUUCACAGUGUUGAUGCAGUGUAACUGAACACAGACAGCAACUCUUAGCGAUAAUGUACCUCCUGGAUUCAAGAGAUUUGACAAAUGCAUUCACUUGUAAUUAAUAGUUAUUUAAUGAAAAUAGAAGAUAAUAUGAUAAUCUAUGCAAAGCACCCUGGCUGAAACAGCCAAGUUAAGCUGCUAUGGUAAUGAUGAAACAGUAUUUGGGCUAUGAAAAAUCUCUUCCAUAGGUGUCACUUUCAUUGUUUAAUCCCCCGCUGUAGGGCUGUGAAUUGAAGAGCCCUAUCUAAUCACAGUUAGACUAACGUGCAAAUGUGACAAGUAACCUUCCAUAUAAAGGAAAUUAGAUUUUCACUUGCAUUCCAGCUGUGCUCUUCCAGUUCAUGUGUGUUGGCCAACAGCAGUAUUUGAAAUGUCAUUUGUGAUAGUCUCCAUUAACUUUUGAUUAACCUGCCAAUGCCGUCUGCAGCUGCCUGCUACUUAGUGAGCCAUCAGCAGACACGCCAGUUUAGCAAUAAACUCAGCUUUAUCUCAACUCAAUUAAUUAUAACUUUACCCCAAGAAUGCUUAGGGCUUGAUGACAUGGCACAGAGAAAAAAACUCCCCCACCCCUGCCACCGUAUGAUACCCAAUGAAUACUUUGAUGUGUUAUCAGUCCUGCAUAUGGUUACUUUCCAUGGGACUUCUGUUGAAGAAUAUCAGGUGAACUUUUUGGGGAAUAUUCAUGCUUCCUUAACAGAAUGCAAGAUAUGUUGCAGAGAGGAAAAUGGCCGCUUUCAAUGUUCUGCAUAUCUUUUCCUCGAAUGCUUGCGCUCAUUUAAUUUUUAUGCUUCCUUGCAGUAUCGAAGGCAUUCUACACCUGCAAUGUCACAACAUGCAGUUGGCAUGUUGGCAGUGGCAAUGAAAACACACUGUUUAUUGAUGUAUAUAAUGUAUCAACUCCUCAUUAUGAAAGAACAAAGUGUUCACUUGGUAACUAAAAUCUGUCUGACUGACUAUUCUAACCUUCAAAGUAAAUACCAUAGAAGCUGUUGUAAAUGUCAUGAACUUUGAAAGACUCUGAGGUAAAAUACACCUCUGCCACUCAUCAAAAAUGUCAGUACACAAUAAAAUCAAUUACCACUGA